AUGAAAUUCAUCACGGAUUCCGCUUCCCCUGAUGAAGCUGAGACGUUCAUGGCAGGCAAUAGUGGCAAUCUUGGACGCACUGGAAGUGGCAAGGGAAAAAAAGCCCCGAGUACCAAAGGAGGAAGUGCAAGAAAAAAGAAAACAGAUCCAGAUAAGAAAGAGGAAGAUAAAUUACCAUCAUACAUGCUUCCAGAAGCCAAAAUACAGGCUUGUCGCAUAAUCAUGCGCGUUGCUAGGAAACCUGAAAUUUGUAGAACUCUACACGACUCCGAAGUGGAGCGCGCCCUCGUUGCAUUGGUUUCUAAUGAAGACGCUGGGGUUCGAGGUGCAUCUGGUCAGGCAAUAGCUACGAUAGCAGAAAACCGGAUGUGUCAGGAGACAUUCAUCAAAUUAGGUGCUUUGGAGCCACUUCUACGUCUGAUACGUAGCGAAAAUAGAACCCUGAAAUGUGCUGGGACACUGGCACUAGCCAGUCUCACAAAUGAACACGCAGACGCCUGCAAAUAUGUGUCUUCGAGCUCGUUUGGUGUCGAGGCCAUAAUUGGAUGCUUAGGCUUACCAGAGCCUGAAGUGGGAGCCCUUUUAGAGGCGACUCUCGCUUGUUUAACAAACUUGGCCAUGAUCGAGGAAUGCCGACAGAAGAUUAUAAGUGCCGGGGGAGUGAAGGCUUUGGUUCCAGCCCUUACUUCACAGUCAGUUUUACUCCAAACAUUAUUACUUGUUUGA